AUGUGCCGGGUAGAGCACGUAUCAACUCCUUGUGCUGACUUCGGCACCGGUUUUGAGAACAUAAAGACGUGGCCAUGUCAGACAUGUGCAGUUCCGCUCCUGAAGAGCGAGGAGAUGAUGGGAGAUGAAGAUCCGGUCAAUGUGAGCUUUUGUCCUGAAAGGGUGGGCACCACUCGGCCGCGCGGCCUGAUGGUGGGCCGCUUCAACCGGGCCCUGAUGGGCCGCAUUUCGUUGAAACGGCGGAAGUUGUCAACACCCGACUCUCCCGUGUAUUCCAACGCCUAUGGAAAGGUUAUACCCUCUUACAUCGAUGCAUGGUCUUACCGACCAUCGAACGAGGACACGAGCCCAUUUGGCAGCUUCCAGUAUCAGAUGGGAGGUGGUUUCAACCGUGCUGGCGGUUUCGUGGAGCUCUUGAACUUCGAUGAACCUAAGAAGGUCACCCUUAGGAAGAUUUCAGCCCUGAAGCGCGAAGGCUGGUUCGACCUGAAGCAGGGUUCUAUAGUUGUGGAACUGCUACUGUGGAAUGGCAAUGUGGAUCUUUUGACCCACAUGGCCUUUGCAUUUGAACAUCAGUUCAGUGGCAAGACAGAUGUGAAAGUCUUGGUGAGUUCUUUGAACUUCAACAUCCAUGACUUUAGCCUGGUGUCCACCUAUGCUCGCAUUUUCAUUUACAUCGUCAUCAUCGUUUGCUUCGUCUUCUUCUUCCGCUCACAGGUGGAAGACAUUUCGGCGGACUAUAAGUUGUACUUUUCGGAGCCCAUGGGCUACAUCCACCUGGCCUUGGUGGUUCUGUGUGCCUACGUCAUUGUGAUCUACCUGACCAUCAUUUUCUCCUAUGCCUAUCUUCACUUCAAUCUCCCAAUGGAAGCCGCAGAGUUCCCAGACAUCGCGGAGUUGACCAUGAACAAUCAAGAUCUGAAGGUCGUGAUCUCGGUGGUCACCUGUUUGUUGUUCGUGCAGGCAGUGGCUGAAUGCACCAGUUUGAUGCCCCAGCUGCGAUUGCUGGUGGAUUCAAUGGCUGUGAUGAGCAAUCACCUGGUGACUUUCUUCGUGCUGCUCUUCUUGAUGAUUCUGGGCUUUGGUUUGGCUGGGAUCUUUCUGCUAGGAUAUGACCUGAGCCAGUUCAGAAGUGUGGAUCGAAGCAUUUUGACGGUGGUGGAAAUGAUCCGGGGCAAAGCGAAUUACGAUCAAAUUGUGGAGGCUGACGACUCCUUCGGCGAUUCCUACUUUUUGUUCUUCCAGUUCUUUUUCCUCAUUUUUCAGCAGUUCCUCCUGACGAUUUUGAUGACUGGCUACCUCAAAGAACGCAAGCGUCUCGCCGAAUCUGAGCAGGAACGUGCCGUGAUCGCGCGGGAGUGUGCUUUGAUCCGGACCGCUUUCAAGGAAGAUGACAACCAAUUCAGGCAUCGAAACGUGGCGAAGCUUCUGUUCAUUCACAUGAUGGGAUAUCCGACGCAUUUCGGUCAGAUGGAGUGUUUGAAGCUCAUCGCCUCGAGCAAGUUCGCCGAGAAGCGAGUAGGUUAUCUCGGCUUGACCCAGCUCUUACAUGAGAAUACAGAUGUGCUCAUGCUGGUGACCAACUCGGUGAAACAUGACAUGAACAACGAAAAUCAAUACGUCAACGGCUUGGCGCUUUGUGCCCUGGGCAACAUCGGAAGCAAUGAGAUGUGCCGGGCGUUGGCUAGAGAAGUGGAGAAUAUGAUGGCGUCGCCAAAUCCUUACUUGAGAAAGAAGGCAGCCCUUUGUGCGAUGCGAAUCGUCCGGAAGGUGGAUGAGAUCGAAGACAAAUUCAAUGGAAAGAUCGGCAAUUUGCUGGAGGAUCGGAAUCAUGGCGUCUUGUUGGCCGGUUGCUCGUUGUUGACGACCCUUCUUGAGGUCAAUCCAUCCUACAUCAAGGAGUUCCGAAGGCACGUUCCAUCGCUGCUGCGGGCGUUGAGAAAUAUGGUGACUUCAGGAUAUAGCAGUGCAGCAGAGUAUGACAUUGCAGGCAUCACAGACCCAUUUUUGCAGGCAAAGAUUCUGCGACUUCUACGGAUUUUUGGGGAGCGAAACGUAGAUGCAAGUGACGAGAUGAACGACAUCUUGGCACAAGUGGCGACAAAUACAGAGGGAACGAAGAACACUGGGAACUCGAUUCUGUACGAAUGCGUGCUGACCAUCAUGUCAAUUGAAGCUGAAAGCGGCCUGCGAGUGCUUGGAAUCAACAUUCUUGGCCGCUUCCUCCAAAGUCGAGACAUCAACAUUCGCUAUGUGGCCCUGGCAACAUUGCAACGAGUGGUGAGUGCAGAUCAACAAGUCAUGCAGAGACAUCGCAACACCAUUAUCGAUUGCUUGAAGGAUGCAGACAUCUCCAUCCGAAAACGGGCCUUAGAUGUGACGUACUCCUUGGUGGAUGAGACAAACAUCAAGAGUAUGACCAAGGAGUUGCUGACGUACCUCCUGGUGGCUGAAACCGACUUCAAAGAGGAGUUGUGCAGCAAACUCUGCAUGGCUGUAGAGAAGUUUUCUCCCAAUCGACAGUGGCAGAUCGAUACCCUGAUCAAGAUCAUGUGUCUCGGAGGCAGCCAUGUGAAGGAGGAGCAACGAGAGAAGUUCUGCCGAGUAGUUGCAGCAACUCCAGAACUCCACUCGUACACAGUCAUCAAGCUCUAUGCCAACAUGCGGGAAAGCCUCUCCCAGGAGGCCUUGGUCCACGUGGGCGUUUGGUGCCUCGGGGAAUUCGGCGAUUUGUUGGUCUCGGGACCCACGGCCGUCGGCCCCGACGAUCAACCCUUGGCCGCGGUGAGCUCCAGCGAUGUCUUAGACCUUCUCUACGACGUGGUGCGCAAACCGCCCGUGGCGGACAAGGCGUCUGCGACGCACUGCCUGGUGGCGGCGGCGCUCAUCAAACUGGUGACCCGGUGCCCGGGCGAGUCCGAGAAGAUCAAGAAGCUGCUGAGAAGAUUUGACACUUCCCUCCACGUGGAUCUUCAGCAACGUUCCUGCGAAUUCUUAGAACUCCUGCACUCUGAGUGGGAUCCUCAUCGGCCAGGCAUUUUAGACCGAAUGCCGGUUCCCGAGAAGGAGAUUGGAGCUGCUGGUAGUGCUGCGCCGGUCGUAGCAGCUUCAGGCGGCAAAGAUUUGCUAGAUCUCAACGACCUGUUGGACGCGCCCUCUGGAGCAGCAGUACCCUCCACGAGCCCUGCACCGGCGGCCUACCCUGCGGCCAGUGGUGGUGGGGAUCUUCUCGACCUGCUUGAUGGAGGCCCUGCGGCAGCGCCAGCUCCAGCCCCCAUGGCCGGCGACGGCCUGCUGGACAUCCUGGGUGGCCCCGCGGGCGUCACGCCCGCGGCGACGGAAGCGGCACCGAUGGUGGCCUUCGAGAAGAAUGGCUUGAAGAUCACCUUCUAUCCUCGCAAGGAUGCGGAUGGUUCCACAUCCGUCCUAGCAAAGUUCACCAAUUCGUUGAAUGUACCGAUGACCAAUUUUGUCUUCGAAGCGGCCGUGCCAAAGUAUGUCACCUUGACGAUGCAGCCUGCGACAGGACAGGUCUUGCCGCCGAACACCGCAGAUCUGGUGACUCAGAGCAUGAGAUGUGUGAACUCGACCAACGGUGAGAAGGGAUUGCUAAUGAAACUGCGGAUUGGCUAUGUGUGCAAUGGCACGCCGGUGCAAGAGAUGAGCCAGAUUGACGUCGAGACGUCGGCAGACGCCAUCAUUUCGACUGAAAAAGUUCCGGCGCUGAAAUCGGUGGAGACUCCACUCCGGCGGAUGUUCCGGUCCAUCAAGAGCGCGGUGCAACACGCCAGCGCCAACGUCAGGAGCCGCAUUAUCUCCUUGCAGCAGAUCUUCUUUGGUGCUGGGCAGGGCCCGCGCAACAAGACUGUGGACUACGACCAGGUAGCACGCUUGCGAGACACACGAGCGACUCAACAGAGGGUGAGAAAUAUCGUCUAUGAGAAACGUCCGGGGAACGAUUCAGACGACAUCGACAUCUCGAAGGAUGUUUCCCUACGAGCCGUAGACCCAUUCUACCCGGAUGGCAUGAUGCACUACUACGUGCAAGAAACUGCACCAGAUGGAGUAGCACAGGAUUACAAAGUGCAAGGCUUUCGGCUCGUUGGGAUCUUCUCGAAGGGCAACUAUGACAGAGAAAAGUUCCGAAGCCAAGAGCGCUUUGAGAACCCCAAGUACUACAAGAGAGACCCUCAGGAGAUUCUGAAGGAGAUCAGCCAUCCGGACUACCUGCCCGUUCGCUUGGAGUUCCAAGGGAAGGUACGGGUUUUCUCCUGCGAAUGCAUCUUAGUGGCUCUCCUUUGCUGCAUUUUCCUGAUCUUCGUCUUGCAGGUCACUCGCGUGGUGGAUUCCUAUAGUCUGGGCCGCAUUCAUCGAAUUGCCCUAUUGGACAAGGAAUGGUAUGAAUACCACCCCACGCGCAUCAUGGACUUCAGGAACAUGUCGCUGACAAGGAAGAGUUUCUCAUCCUGGAUGAAGGAAGCUGUCUUUGAAGGUGAACUGGGCUGUGUAGGGACGGACGAAUUCAGUCAAUUUGCCGGUGAAAGUUCCAGCACUGCGAAUUUGUUGCGUGAGAACUGGCAGCUUUAUGUGCAUAGCACCAGUCCAGAGACCUUCUUGAAGCUCAGAUCGCUGCCAGAACUCUCUGGACUUGACAUGGUCAAUACCGCUCCAGAUACAGAAGGAAUGGUGGCCGGAUUUGUGCCGAAGGGCAGUUCGCAAAAGGAUGUGGGGGUCCGCUUGCGGCAAUGGAAUGUAGCGGUCAUGCCCAACAAUCAGAUGAGGAUGAUCCUACAGACUGGCUGCUUCCGCAAAGUGACGAAUGAGCGCUUCAACAUUGAUUAUCCCUACAGCUUAGACCCCUUGGUUUCGGGUUGCGCCUCGUCUGACUGCAUGGGUCGCGUCAUCAACGCUGGUCGUAGCUGCUACACCUUUGAUGGCGAUCACUUGGAUGAACGAGAGCAGACGGGUGCCUACACCGGAUUGAAGUAUGGCUACACCAAAGACAAAGGCAUUCUACUGGGCCUUGGGAGUACGCCAGCCGAAGCCAGGACGGUUCCACGCCUGGAUAGGGAGAGCAUGGGAGAGGUGUGGGAGAUGGUUUCCCAGGACCAGUUAGGGGCAAUGGCCAUGACCUUGGAGUUUGUCACCUACAAUGGCAAUAUGGACAUGUUCACACAUGCCCGGGUGAAAUUUGAGUUGCAGCCGACCGGGUUACUGCAGCGCAACAUCGAAGUUGUGGUUUUUCCACUGAAUGUCUUCAACAUGGGACUCACCGAUUACAGGGAUCAGAGAACGCAAACCAAUCGUGUACUUUUCAUUGUCUACCUGGUGGUGACGCUGUUUUUCUUCUGCUGGGUGCUCCGGGAUUUGCUGAUUCAGUUGCACUUGACCAGCAUGGAAAAGCCUUGGUACAUGUUCAUGCCCGACUACUUCAUGGAUGAUCUGUGGAACACUGUAGAUGUGGCCUGUUUGGUCAUCAAUGGCUUUGUGAUCAACAGCAUUUUCAGGUACAUCCUUAUUGAUGGCAGCUUCAGUCUCAAGGAGGGUUUCCGCUCCUGGACGCUCGACUUCAGCGUCAGCGACUGGGUGACGGUGCAAACCACGGACAGCUACGAGGAGUUCGGCCGUGCUGCGGACCUGUACUCGUCCUUUCAGAUCCUCUCUUCUUUGAAUGGCCUGUUCUUGGUCCUUCGCUUUGCCAAGUACUUUCGCUGCGUCUCCUCGCUGCGUUUGGUCCUUGCAACGCUGGCGGCGGCGGUGUCGGAGUUGGUGUCCAUCGCCGCGGCACUUCUGAUCGUUCUCGUGGCCUUAGUGCUGCUGCUACACACACGCUUCGGUCUUCUCUUUGAGCGCUAUGCCACCUUUGAAUCGUCCAGUCGCUCCAUCUUCCUGUUCCUCACGGGGUACUUUGACACCGAUGACCUCUUCGCCACGUCGCCCUUGUUCUUUCUCUUUGUGACGGUGAUUUUUCAGAUUACCAUCUUGCUGAUCUUGAACCUCUUUGUGUCAGCCAUCAUCUACCGAUGGAAAGACACCCGUCGCGAUGCUGAGGAGUUCUCCAUCGCAGGUUUCUUCAGCAUCAUCAAGGACAAUCUGAACUUCCUGAAAGGCAGCAAGUCUGGCGCAGGAACUCAAGAGGACCGCACCUUGCGGCGCUUGGACGCCAACUUCUGGAAGAAGCUGGGCGUGCUGCCACUCCUGGACCGCCUGGACGAGACGGGAAAGAUUCAGCCGCUGGAGACGGUGGUGGACGAGGAGGAGAGAGAAGAAGAAGGACCGGACGGAGAACACGCUGUGGCAGAUCAGAAGCGCUUUGUCACGGUCUUCAAGAAGGCCCACAUGGAGAUCGCUUCCCAGAUGACCCGCGACAUCGCGGACGACACGGAUGGAGCUGAGGCAGGUGCCCAGGACUUGGAUCAUCGACUCAUUCAUCGAUGGGAGCAGGAAGACAACCUUCAGGAGAAGUUGGGCAUCAUCGAGGAUCCACAGUCGUCAUCGACCAUGGAAGCCUGGCGGCACUUCUUAAAUCGCGCGCUCCCCGGGGAGUACAUCAGCAAUAAGAUGAAUCAGGAGUUAGGGCAAGCCAGGCCAGCCGAGGAAAUUUGGUUGGACGCCUUGAUCACGGUGUUGGAGGAGGCGGAAGCCCUCAGCAAGUUGCAGAAGCUCUUUCUUCCGAUGCCAAUGAUCCAGCCCAAGAAGGCCCAUGAGUGGAGCCUGUUCUACCACAAGAGAUUCCGAAUGGAGCGGCGACUGAACAACUUUCUUCGUUGGCUCCAAGAGGAGGCACGGGGUCAACAUUACCAGUUCGUUCGAGAAAUGGCAGUGUCAAAGGAGAGAGUGCUGAAACAGCAAAGCUUGGUCCUCUCAGACUACCUACAAACCUUGGACGAACAGAUUCAGACUUUGCAGCAAGAGAUGGAGAGUCUGGAAACCAGAAAUUCCUUGAUCAGGGCAAAGGUCUCACCACUUUUGUGA